GUACUUGUCCUCUCAAUCCCCUACUCGCCUCUCACUCGCUCACACAUCCAAAGUACCACUCGUCCGUCGCCGCUGUCAGGCCUUCUCACUACUCUGUGGGCAUCUCCACGCAAGGGCGGAUGGUGGUCCAAGUAAUAUUCGGACUUGUCACGGCUGUGCCAUCCAAGUACUAUGUGCACAUAGGUCUCACCACCGUUGCUCUCGUCGUUCUCUACGCCUUCAUACAGGGCCGCACAACAAACCGCGAACGGGACCUCCAUGCACGAGUAAUCAUCCUUACAGGAGGCUUCACGCCGCUGGGUCUCGUCCUGCUCAAUGCCCUAGCCUCUCGGGGAGCACACAUCAUAGCACUCUCGCCGUAUGAUCUCGAGCACCCCUAUCCUUCCCUCUUGAUCCCCCUCCUCCGCUCGACGACCAACAACGAGCACAUCUACGCCGACCAUGUCGACCUCGCUGACCCAAAGUCCAUCCGUGACUUCUGUACCAAGUUCCUCACCGGCCAGGACACGCGCCUGGAUGCCGUUGUCUUUGCGCACGAGUACCAUACAAUUGGCUCGUUCUUCCGGCGGGGCGGGGCGGAGGCGUACGCGCAGACGCGGGAGGUUGCGUCGCUCGCGACGUUCCUUAUCAUGACCCUCCUGCUCCCUGCGCUCCUGGUCGAGCCCGCAGAACGCGACAUCCGCAUCGUCAGCCUGGUCAACCCAUUCUAUGCGGCAGCUGCCCCGGUCUUUGCGGCGCAACUCGCUGCUGCAUCUUCUGAAGCGCCGGCGUCGUCACCUAUCCUCCUGUCUGAAGGGCAGCGCGCCCUGCGCACGGCGAUCCUCACCCGUCACCUGCAGCGGGUCCUCGAUUCGCUUCCGAACCAGUCGCCUGAAGUCCAGGGGCCUAAGGGACAACAGAGCUCACAGGGCGCGAAGAUAACACCGCAGCCGUCCAACAUCCUCACCGUGUCUGCGUGUCCGGGGAUCAGCCGCAAAGACACGAUCUCGCCGCUGCUCGGCGCCGACAGGGAUGCGCCCGAGGGACUCUCGAAGCUUGGCUUCCUCAUCUACAUCAUCCUCUUCCCGUUCCUAACUCUGCUCACCAAGUCUCCCACCUCGUCGCUACAGACGGUCCUACAUGUCCUCUUCCUGCCUUCUCCCCUGAAGCGCGCCCGUGCCAUGCUCGACGCUGCGCUGAACCCCGACUCGGAUAUGCAGAACAAAGAGGCAAAAAAGGAACAAGGUUCGGAGGAGGAAGAUGGAGACGUCCCGCGCAUGGUGAGAAUCAUUAAUGAGGAGGUGCUCAAGCCGGGCGCGCUCUAUCGCGAGUGUGCGGUCGUGCAGCAGCCCGUGCCUGGUCUCCCCGCAGAUCUCCAGGACAAAGACGGCAAGGCCGAGAAACCUAGGACGGCGAAGAAGGAUGGGCCAGUCGAGACAGCCUUCCCGGAUGAUGGCGAGUUUGGCGGAGAGGCGGUAGGGAGGGCGGUUUGGGAGUGGUACGAGGAGCGGCUGAAGGUGUGGGAGGCGAAGGCUGGUGUUAAUGGGGUGGACGCUGAGGAGCAAAGCGGUCAGUCUGCUGCUGCUGGCCCUCCUCCGUCAUGAGCCUGCUAUCUCUUCGUUGAGGCCUUUGUACUCCGUUGGUGGCAUGAAUAUGAUGCCGUUCCGUACUUAUGCAUGGAUGUUCGGCCUGCG